ACUGAAUAAUAUUUUCACUUGUACAUAAGGCAGUGGCUUAGCACAUUCUUGUUUGGUUGGCGCGGCCCUUUUUUCAUCUGAGUUCUCUCGCUCUAUGACACUGCAGUAUGCGUGUAUGUGUACACAUGUACUAGUAGAACCGAUUUAUAGAACGUGUAGUAUAAUUUGUUGGUACGAUAGGCCAAGGCCUAAACUCUGUUUCCAUGCUUCACUAGGAUUGCCGACAUGGUCCGCAGUAUUAUACAGUAUUACAUGUACAUGUACACGAACGGUAGGCCUUCAGUUGCACACAUUCGUUCUUUGACCUUUCGACUGUCCAGCCGCUCCAUUUCCAGAGAUUUGACUUAGCACUUGAGAAGAGUAUACCAAGUUGGCACAGGUGGUUCGAACAGAGCACGUCGUUGGCCAAGCCAAUUUGACCAAGUUGGCGUUCAUUUUGUCCCUUAACUAUGGAGCAUCACGAGCUUCUCGGGAGGUUGUAUGAUGAGGGAAUGACCAACUAUGGUACUAGUGAAGCGAAAAGAAAGGUUGAAUUCGCUGUCAAAAAAACUGGUUUGACUGUGAAGCAAGUAAAGCGGUGGAUAGAUAACAAAAGAAGGCAGCAACAUCGAAAGGAGGAGAACCAGAGACCCAUUCGCAGAAGGCGGCAAAGUGGAUAUAACGUCUUUAUGAAGAAGUACAUCUGCUCUAAAGGUGGUACAGCUCCCAACAAGGCAAUGGUGUUGCAGCAAGGGGCAGAAGAGUGGAGACGGAUGGCGGAAGAAGAAAAGCAGGAGUACAAGGAUGUUGCUGCAGAAGAAAACAAGACCAUGCCCAACGUCGUACAGCUCGGCGAGUCGGGGUUUAGAGUUUUCGCCAACAAACUUUGCAAAGAAGUAACUGAUAUGUGCUCAAGGGUUGAGGGUGUAGAAUGGGUCUUGGUUUGCAGCAAUGUAAGCAUAGGAGCUUCUGCAGUCUGUGGUAGUGAGACUGGUGUGAAUCUGGCAACUUCCACCUGUUUUGCCGACCAGUUAUGCUCUGCAAGUGGGUACGAUGAAGUUACCAUAUCCAGUAGCGUGACCCCAGCAGAAUACUCCUCUAAGCUGAGAUUCAAGGUACAGGAGAUAUUCAACAGAAAAUACAGAGAAGCAACCGGAAAGAACAAACCUAUGAGCUAUCAACAGCUGGAGGCAGGGCAAAUUCAAAGCACAGGCCUCCCGCCCAAUGUGAAGUUGAAAAGGCCAAGUGCGUAUGGCAAAGAGACUCUUCAGAAAAUUAUCGACGCGGAAUCUGCUAUAGAGUUCACAGUGUCUACCCAGACGUCAACCCUCGCCCAGUCAUGAACUCCUGACCCGCUGGCAACUCCUGCCGGGCAAUGAUCUCCAGUGUGGGUUUUAACCUUGUCUCAGCAAUACAGUCUCGCUGUCCCCAGCCGUCAACUGUCCCACUGUCACCUUCAGCCCAGACUCGGCAACUUCUACCCUGCUGUCAACUCCCGUGAUCGUAAAUCAUUCAAACGGGCCACUUGUCAACUUUGGCCAUGUUGUCAACUACUCCUAGUUAGGUCUGUUUUUUAGUAAGGGUUGCGACUUGAGUCUCAAUUGUUGGAACCGAAGUAGAUUAUGCAUCAGUGAUCACGGACAGUUCGCACGCAAAAGCUGCAUAUGCUGUACUGCAUACAUAAUGAACAGUCGUUUUAGUUCCGAAGUGUGAAGUUGGUGCUACUCUCUCUACACGCAGAUCACCUCCUAGUCAUCUGUCAACUACUGCCCAGCAUUUUGUCAACCCUGCAUCGUAAUGUACCUUGCAUGCCUUCAAAUCAAACCCUUGGAUAUGUUUGCUGAAAUGAUGAAAAAGCUAUAUUGGGGUUCACCUUCCCUCUUAAUUUGCACCUGGAACCACUACAGCUCCAGCUUUCCGAUCUUACAUUACAAAUCACUUUGUACAUAGUACUUGUUUUUUAGGCAUGACAGAUGGGAUAAAGCAUUUCAACGGCAUUGAUUUUGCACAUUGCAUGUGUUAAAGUUUACGUAAUGUAGUUUGAUAACUUUUUUUUUUACACAUUGCAAUUUUGCUAAUGCUUACCUAGGCCUAAUGUUUAUUAAUAGAUGGGUAUUCACUUUCAAAACCACCAGUUUGGGAUGUAAUUUCUGUACAGAGUUCAGGCCUGUAGUUUGUUAAAAAAAAGGAUCCAAUUUCCACUGUAAGAAAUUUGGAUUUUUUUGGAGGGGGAUAACGCCACAAUCCGAAGAAUCGAAUCUGCUUCUGUCACCUUUCUCACUACUAAACUUCAGGAGAAUUUAAAGGGAGCGCGCAACGUCAUAAUGUCAAUUUUCAUUUGAAUCCAAUUAGGGUACUUGUCUAGCGUUAAAACAAUAUUUUUAAUCAUUGUCGGAGUGAGUAUUAAAUAAGCCUACUCUCUAACUCAAA